GGUUUUGUCAAAUAUUUUUUUACAACCAUAAUCUCAUUGUUCUAUUUGUUGUCCUCCAAUACAUCCAGUAAAUGGCACAAAAAUCUGCCAGACGGUUUGUGAGAACAUUUUGGAUCAAUAGAGGUAGAAAUUGUUCUAACCCCCCUUCUCUGGGGGUUGUGCUUUGAGUCUUUGGAGGACCGACCCCGAGUGUUCAAUAACACAGCAGGGAUAAUAGUCAGCAAAGAGAAUGUGUUGAGAAAAGCCAGAGGAAUUAAGUCACAAAUUAUACGUUAGCCGUCUCACAUUCGUAACAGAAAUCCCACCAGCUGACAUGGAAAGUAGAUAAUACAUCGUUUCUUCUGCGUAAAAUACUUCUCUAGGCAGCAUUUUGAUGCCUGUGUAGAGGAUUGCAUUGGUCCGAAGAGCAUUGUACUUACACUCAUUAUCAGGGAACAGAAAAGGCUGUUGGAAUAAGUCACUUGCCCACACACAUGAGUGCUGUGUUCCCCUUGCGCUGGGCUGAGCGCCAUGCCUGACCGGGACAGCGCCUACCUCUCAGGCGGUUGCAGCAGUGGUGGGUUGGGUACUAGUGUGGGCGAGGAAGGUGGGCCACCGUCUGGUUUAGGAGGGGGCACAGGAGAGGGCCGAGGGGGAUCAGUGGGAGGUGGAGGCAGUGGCUCUGGUUCUGGGGGCAUGGGUGGAGUAGGGGCCCUGGGAAAUGGGAACAACUGUGGGGGAGGUGGAGCAGGGGGCCCGGGGUCAGGACCGGCCCCGGAUGGGGUUUGCAGGGACUUUCUGAGGAACGUGUGUAAGAGGGGUAAACGCUGCCGCUUCAAACACCCAGAUUUCAAUGAGGUGCCGGACCUUGGGGUGCAGAAGAAUGAGUUUGUCUUCUGCCACGACCACCAGAACAAGGAGUGCGUCCGCUCCAACUGCCGCUUCGUCCACGGCUCCAAGGAGGAUGAGGACUACUAUAAGAAGUCAGGGGAGUUGCCCCUCAGGCUGAGGGGGAAAGUGGCUGCAGGACUGGGCCUGUCCCCGAUGGACCUCCCACACAGUCGAGGGGAGGUCCCCAUCUGCAGGGACUUCCUAAAGGGAGAAUGCCAGCGGGGCAACAAGUGCAAGUUCCGCCACGUCAAGAAGGACUAUGAGUAUGAGCAAGCCAGGGUGGGUGCCGGGGUCGUGAUGGGCCCGGGGGCCAGUGGGAUGGUGAACACAGGCGGCGGGGUAGGAGGUGUUGGGGUGGGUGCUUGUGGGGGCAUGGCCGGACUGGUUGGGGGUGGAGGUGGGGGUAACAUGAUGGGGAUGGGCUGUCCCAGCCUGGGAGGCUGCAGAGACCCAGGUAUAUCAGGGGUAGGGGGAGUAGGGGUAGGUGGGAUGGGGGGUUGCCUCUCCAUGGCCUCAGGACAGCGUCGUUUUGACAGGGGACCUUGCUCGGUGUACGACUCCCUGUUUGAGAGUGGUCUGUAUGAGACAGGGCCCCUGGAGUCCCCUUUGGACCACACAAUGCUGCAGUUGAAGAGACGCAGGCUGGAGGGGCUCCGGCUGGACGGGAACGGAGGGGGGCACUAUGAGCUGGGGAUGCAGGCGGCCCUCCCGCCUCGGCCCCUGGAGUACAGAUUUCUGGAGGAGGAGAACGCCCUGCUGAGGAGGAGAGUGGAGGAAUUGAAGAAACAGGUGUCUAACCUCAUGGCCACUAACGAGGUACUGCUGGAACAGAAUGCCCAGUUCCGGAGCCAGACCAAGGUGUCGGUGAUGACCCUGUCCUCCACCCCAGCCCCCUCUGAGCAGACCUUGGCUCCCCCUGUAGGUGCGGUCAGCUCCUACAACCACAGCAUCGCCCAGACCCAUACCACCCUGAGCAGCGCCGGGCUGCAGCCUCGUACCGUCACCCUCACCCAACAGGACCUAGUGGCCCCCACUGGUGCCCCUACAGUACCCCCAUCCAACACCGCCCCACCCAGUGCUCCCCCGCCCCACCUCAACCCCGAGAUCACCCCGCUCUCGGCCGCCCUGGCUCAGACCAUCGUCCAGGGCAUGGUGCCUCCUGUUUCCAUGGCACCUGUGACUGUUUCUGUGGCACCGGUGGCUGUAUCCAUGGCGCAGCCUCUACCUUGCAUCACUAUAAGCCACGCCACCACCCCAAUGGUGUCCUACCCUAUUGCCAGCCAGAGCAUGAGGAUCACCACCAUACCUCACUGAUGCACUCUUUGGCAAACUCUGUAGAACUCUCCCAUGGAACUAGAGAUGGGGAUGGUAUGCAGAAUGCAUCUUUCAAGUUUCAAUUGACCCACAGCAGCUGACUGACUCGAGGGGCAAAGUUGUGGGGGAACUCUAAUGCCCACACGCCAUAGGCAAAGAAAAGGCUAACUUUGAUAGGAUGACUCCGCCACACACACCCUGCUCUGUGGCAGCGUUACAAAGUCAGGUGGUCCUCUGAGGUGACCUCCGACCUUGUUAAAGGUUGGUGGCCAAACAGCCUUCUUCAAACACAGGCAGCAAAAAUAACGACAAACUGAAGAUAUGUCAGUCAUGGCGAUAUUCAGUUUUUUCACACAUUUGACUGAUGUCUUGAUUACCAGGGGAUUGUGACAUUUCAGUUAGCUUCUGUUAUUUUUGUUUGUGGAUUUUUAAUGUGUAAUGUUGAAGUUGUGCAUUGCACACAUUUAAUGAGAAUAACAACCACAAGAAAAUGGAUCUCCUGUUUUAUUGCUAAUUAAUUAAGUUAUCCCGAGUAAUGUUAUAGUGUGAGGAUAUGGUUAUUGACUGACACACCAUCAGAUACAUUUUUCAGUGCUUGAUGCAUUGGUAUCUUUACCCUAGAUUUAAUGCUCAAGCCUAAACUCAGCUGAGAGCCUACACAAAAACAAACGCAAGUCAAUCAUGAAGGGAAUAGGUAAGCUUGGAAAAGAAACACCUUUAAUAAACAUGUUAUGGAUCAUUUCCAAAUGUACUUGUCAACAUUUUAUGCAGUCAGAUGAAUGUGUGAACCGAUGGCCUCGGUAGAUACUUAAAAUACUAACAUACUGUAAAAUAAAAUAUAUACUCCCCAAA